AUGUCAUCUACAGAAGAUAACAAAAAAGUAUGGUUCAUUGCCGGUUCUUCUAGUGGUAUCGGUUUGGGUAUUGUACAAAGACUCGUGGAGUUGGGUCACUCUGUAGCCAGUACUUCUAGACUAGAUACCGAUGCCCUCUUGCACAAUGUGAAGGAAGGAAUUAUCGCCAACGCUACAACUGCCAACUAUCUGCCAUUGAAAGUCGAUUUGACCUCCGACGAAAGUGUUAAACAAGCACUGACUGCAACCGUAGAGAGAUUCGGUCGUCUAGAUGUCGUUGUUAAUAACGCUGGUUUUGCUAUGUGUGGAACCAUCGAAGAACUCUCCGAUGCCGAACUCAAGGAGCAGUUUGAAAUCAAUGUAUUUGCCGCGGCACGUGUCAUGCGUUUGUCAGCACCGAUCCUCCGUCAACAGAAAUCGGGAUACGUCAUCAACAUGAGUUCUCUCGUUGGUAUCUGGGGACAUGUUGCUGGAAUCGGUGCUUACUGUGCCAGUAAAUUCGCCAUAUCCGGUCUAACCGAGUCAUUCCAAACCGAGAUGGAACCAUUCGGAAUAAAAGCAACUGCAAUUCAUCCAGGAUAUUUCAGAAGUGAAAUGCUUGAUGAGAAAUCAAUGAAGUUGGCAAAGACAUCGUUGGAUGCCUACAAAGCAUCGCAUGACCACUACAAUAAGCAUAGAGAUGAAGUGCAUCAUCAACAACGUGGUGAUCCAAAGAAGUUGGGAGAGGUACUUGUAAAGAUCGUUAACUACAAGGGCGAUAAGACUCCAACACAUGUUUUUAUCGGUCCAGACUCUGUUCAUAUGGCUAGAACACAAGUUAAGCGAUAUCUUACAGAGUUGGACGAAUGGGAGCCAGAGUCAACCAACACUGACUUUGAUCAUCUUAAAGGUACCGACAUCCCAGAGAAUCAUCCUAAAGUAUUAAUCAGCUCAGCUGCUAGUGAGACUGAUUCAAGUGUCUUUUAA